UCAUUUUUAAAAUUCAAAACAUAUUCAUCUUCACACCUCUCUCUCUCUCUCUUCAACUCAGAAGAACAUCGACUCUGAACAAAACAGGAGAACAUCAAAGCGAUCUCUGAUCCGGCCUGCUCAUGCUGCUCUCCAUCUCCGAUUAGGCCUCCACUCAUCUACGGUCUCAAUUUGUCCCCAUUUUCAUGUCGAUUAGGGUUUUAGCGUUUCACAAUCGCCUUCGAAUUCAACAAUCAGAUCGCAAAUCAUCAACAAGUUCUUCAAGAAAAAUAGUGCAUUGGGAGAAGAUUUGGAUUGGGAACGGAAUGUAAAGCCGCCACCUGUAAUCACGGAGGUGGUUUCUUAGUCCAUUGAAGAACUAAUCAUGAAACGUAUAUCUGAGGGGCACUUUGAUGAUGUUCAAAAAGUUAAUAAGUUGCCUUCUAAAACACCAAGGGAAAUGAAGGAAUUGACUAAGAAGGGCCUUGGCGAAUUAUAUGUGGAUGAGUAUGCUCAAAAGACUGGACUGGUUUCACAAGCAUUGUCUUUCUCCGAUGAGCAAAAGAAGGAGUCGGUAGCUUCAAUUAAUCAACCAGCUUGGAAGGAGCUUUUAACCUAUGAAUCCUAUAAAAGAGAAGACAUGGUUACAAUUCAGGCUGGAGAAAAGGCUGCAAGCUGUAUUUCGGAUGUGUCUUAAAUCAAUGACUUGAGUUUUGUGAAAGAACUGAACAACAGUUGACAGGUCAAACAUUUAAGUUAUGACGGGACAAAGUGAGUUUAUUAGAUUGAUGAGUUUAAGUGUUUUAUUUCGUCAUGCUUACAGUCUAAAUUACUAGCAAUGCAUGUAUUUCUUAACUGUUAGAUUGAAGGGCUAUACUAUAUGUUAUCGUCAUGUUUUGUGAUAAUAUACAUGGUUUGAACUUUCAAAGUAGGGUAUUUGUUUUUCGCUUCUUUUUGUUUUUAAAAGAUUGUUAACAAGCCCAAUAUUUUUAAUGUAGUAGGCAAGGAUAGGCAAUGGUGGCCUUUUGGUUGUCAUUCCAGAUCCAGUGACAUGUUUUUCUACUGUGAAAUACUCCCAAAAACAAGUGUUCAGAAUUAUGUCUGGCUCAAUUGAUUUUGAUGACUUUUGAUUGAAGUUUCAUAGUUUUUUAGACAACCAGUGAGUUUAAGUGAAAAAAAAAUCGAACUUUUCAAACAUAUUUCGGUAAAUUUCAGUCAUGUUUUGAACUUUUUGAUCGUUUACGAUUGAAAGUGUUAUUAACUGAAUCUGAUUAACGAAUCAAAGAGAAUUCAGGUUUGUUGUUUGAACGAAUCAAAGGUCUGAAUUUGGGUUGAUUUAGUUGUGAUUACAGGUUGUUUCGGAUCAUUUAAAAGUUAUACAAACUGUUUUUUGGUUGAUCUUGGACAUGUUUUCAUCAAUUUUAGAGAUUUUGAUUGGCUGAAACUGAACGAAAAUCAGCAUAUUGUUCAAAACUUCAUUAAAUCAGCAUAUUGUUCAAAACAUCAUUUCAUAACUGUCGUAUACGAAUUAUAAAUCAUAAUCGUUCAUCUUCAUAUAAUACACAUCACUGAUUCAUUCGUAUUGAACAUAUCAUCUUCACAGUAUUGAAAACAAGCAGGUUUUCAAGUUGAGAAAUUGUUAUUUUUUCUGUGAAAUUGUUUCAGAUCUGAGUUGUGUGUAUUGUCUAAAAAAAGGGAAAACGAAAUCUGAAACUAUGUGUUCGAUUUAGAAAAAAGAUAGUCAGAUUUGUUUCGAGUUGAAUUACAACUGAUUUCAUUUCAAUUACGGUGAAACGGAAUGGUUUUCGGCUGAGUUUUAACGUGAUUUUGAUCUGUUCUAAUCAUGCUUUGAACAUACUAUUGGUCUCGAUCUGAUUUUCAUGAAUUCAUAUCUGU